AUGCCACUCCCUAUCCCUCCCCGAACCCCGACUCCACCUCCUGACGAGCGCGACGAUACAGUCGGCCUUGGUUUCUUAGAGGGAUCGCUUUCACCAGUACGGCUCGGCUUCAACCCCAAAGCGCUGUCUCCCAUGUCUGCCAACUUUCCGUCCGAGCGAUAUGGCACAUUGGCGCCCAAUGACUCGGUCUCGCAGCGGGCGACACCCAAUACCGCAUUCAGUCCGUCGAGCGCAUCAUUCCCCUACACGCCCGCAAGUGCCUUCAGCGGGACAAGCGAAAACGAAGCAGCAUCGUUGACCAGCUCCGAGAAUGCACGCAAUCCAUUCAACUUUCAAUCUGUCCAGUACAUGCCUGGCAGACCGCAGACAAACAAGUCGGAUCUCGGACGAAGGCGUGGACACAAGUACAGGCACAGUAGCGUAUCACAUCAGAUCUUUCUCGAACCGCCGCCGCGUGCACCUCUGCAACUUCCUGCAUCGCUUCCCAUGCCAACGUUCAAGGAAUAUCGGUCGAGCAUGUCUAGGGAACAGAGAUUGAGGCUAGGAUGGUGCUGCUGUCACCUACUCGUAGCAGGGCUGGUGCAAUGGGGCGCACAUGAAUCUCUUGCACUCACAAUCCUUUCACGGCUCCUGUUCUAUGAUGCACUAGGCGCAUUUCUGUGCGUUGCGGUGGACGUCGGUUCAAACUUUGAAGUCUGGAAGCGUUCGACGAUUCGCCACCCCUUCGGCUUCGAGCGUUCCGAAGUACUUGCAGGAUUGGGCAUGUCCGUCGGGCUUCUCUUCAUGGGAUUGGACCUUAUCUCGCAUGGCCUGACGCACGCGCUGGAGGAUAAAGGGGGCCACCACGCGCACCACGGGAAAGCACACGAGCGUGUGUCGCCAGGCAGUAUUGACCUCGCGGCUCUCAGUGGGAUUGUAUCGACCCUGGUCUCGGCGAUUCUCCUCAAGAAUCACUCGCGCAUAGGUAAGGUGAUGCGAUUGAGCGCCAUCGCGACGCUGCCCUCGAUUCUCAGCAACCCGUCGCAUUUCCUCACGUUGUCCUGCUCGGCCCUUCUCCUGCUGCUUCCGCUGCUCAGCAUCCAGAUGUACGUCUGGCUGGACCGCACCCUCUCCUUCUCCGUGGCCAUUGCGAUGGUUGCGCUUGGAUGGAUCCAAGGCUGGACCUUGGGCAAGAUGCUUAUGAUGUCCUAUUCGGGGCCUGGGGUCUCGGACGUUCUGUAUGAUAUUGCCACGGAUCCGGCCGUGAGCGGAGUUGAGGAGGCCAAGUUCUGGCAGGUGCAUUAUGGAUUGUGCCAGGCCAAUCUGAAGCUGAGAGUGCGGAGCGUGGAGGAGAUGGGACGACUUCGAGAUCGCAUUGGAAGCAUGGUUCGCAACCGGCUCGGUGGAGGAUACGGCAGCGGAGGGCAGAAGUGGGAGGUGUCGACGCAGCUGGUGAUGGAGAAGGACUGA